CGGCCAGCGACACGUCUGGGUACUAUGACCUGACCCCGGACUCCUCCAGCGGGGCAUCCGGGGCAAAGACAUUCAAUUUAGAGGAUAUUCCGUACCCUACCAGAGAGAGUGAGAGGCACAGCCCCUCCAACAUGUCCCUCUCCUCCUCCUCCUCUGCCCCCCCCCCCCGCCCCGCCCCCCCCCACCCCAGACACCCUGGAUGCCAUCCCCAUUCCCCCACCCACCCUGGACCUCACCAACAUCCCCAUGCCGCCCGUCACCUUCACCAUCACCCCGCCAUCCCCCAUCCCCAGGCCCAAGAAGGACCCCCUGCCAAGACCCAAGCCCCCCGGUCCCCCUUCCUCCCAUGGCAGCUGCCCCACUGCCCCCCUUAUCCGUCCCCUUGCCCUGCCCCACGCCUGCCCACAGGGAGGAGUCCCUACCAGCCUCGCCGCCCCGGGAGGUGCCCCCCAUCGGAGGGGCGCCGGUGUCCCCCGGGGGACAUGACAGCGACGACGACGAGCCCCCCGUCCUGCAUCCCCCGGCCCCCGAGCCCCGCCCCACCCACCACCAGCCACACCACCAUAUAGCCUUGGCUUCCUGCGGCCUUCACCCUGCUCAUGACACAUCAAUCCACGCCGGCCGGGACCUUACGCCUUCGAUGUAUUACUCCCGCAGCCCAGCCCGCCCCUACCACCACAGCCCGCACACCCUAGAGCGCCCCCCACAUGCUGGCCUCUUCCCUGCUUCACGGCCAGGCCAGAUGGCUACUCAGUGCGUGGCGGCCUCAGGGCGUGGCAGCUGCCACACCCCCGAGGGCUCCUCGCCCCCAGACCACUGCCACGGCCCACACACCCCAGAGCGCCCCCCACAUGCUGGCGGCUUCCCUGCUUCACCGCCAGGCCAGAUGGCUACUCAGGGUGUGGCGGCUGCCACACCCCCGAGGGCUCCCCGCCCCCAGACCACUGCCAGUACCACAGCCCCGUGGUGCAGUACCACAGCAGCAUCAGUCCUCCCUUCUCCCGCAGCCCCCCGUGGAGCCCGGGGCGCCGCUCAUCACCCCCAGACCGCCGUGCCUCCCCGGAGCGGGGCCGCUCACCCCCCAGCCGCUCCCCACGCUACUCCCCGCGCCAUUCCCAUUCCCGGGGGGCUGAGGUCCCCCUGCCGCUCCCCCUCCCCACUGGGUGAGGUGUACCCCUACGAGCGGCGGGGCUGGGUCUGCGCAGCCAGGGAGUGGGAAGCUCUCACCACCACCAUCACAGCCCCAAGGCAGAGCAGAGAAAUAGGGAGGGCAAGGGCUAUGGGUACUCUCCCCCUGCGGCAGUAUUUGAUGACCUCCACUGGGUUCCACAAGGGGGGGGAGGAACAGCGAGUCUCUCCCCCCCAGCCCGCUCCCCCUCCCCCAACACCCUCGAUGCCAAGUCUUUGGGUACUCUCCCAGCCGUGUCACAGCUGAUGAUGAUGAUGCCACCCCCACCCCCAGCCUGAGCCACCCUCCACCCACCCCAGCCCUCACCAAGCCUCCUCCAGUAACCACCACCACCACCACCACCACCACCAGCGACGUAACACCCCACCCCACCCCUCCCCAGACCACAGAUCCCAGACUGUUGGAUGUGACGCCACAAGACACAGGGCUUCGUAACACCAGUGCACGGUGAUCAAGACAACACUGGACCAGAAAGACGCAAAGUACAGGGAACAACACAGUGCUUCUUCAUUUUAGGUGUGCUAAUCCAGACUCUUAGACAGGGCAGCACAAAAUAUAGAUAGUUUUCACAACACUAGUGUACUAUGAUGAUGCAGGAGAGCUAGGAGUGCUAGGAUGAGUGUCUGGGGAGAAGCAAAGCCACCAGGAGACCAGAGGCAUGGGUCAGCUGGGAGGCACUGAGUAUCAAUGAGUAAACAACUGAUUACAGCUACAGGUGAGCCAGAAUGAGCUUGUUAAACUGAGCGGCCUCUUCAAGUACCACUGGAACUGUUCGUCAGAGGAGGAGGAGAAGGUAAGGGAGUGCGCCAAGACCCUUUACAGCGGUGCAAAGGAGUGGAGGGAGAUGAGGAGAAAUUUGAAAGAGAACAGAAGUAGAAUGACAUCAGAUAGCAGGAGUCCUUAGGAUUUAGCACAAUAAGAUCAAUAAUUCUCUUACAUGAGUGACCUAAAGUAAGGCAGUUUAGUCUGGCCUAACUUAACUGACCUACCUAUUUCUGUUAUGAGCUAAGAUAGGCUAUGUUAGGUUAUAUUAAAUUAUAUAAUUAUUUUUUUUUUUCAUCAUUAUUAUUAUAAAGAAGAAAUAGAACCGAGAAAAUAAAGUUAAAAAUUAUUGUUA